CCCAGCUGGUUAACAUUUAAAUAUAGCGCGGGAGCGGCAGAGAGCAGGUAUACUUGUGGAGACAGUGUCGUCCUGUCUUCUUUCAGAGCGCUUUCUUUUUUUUUUUAAUGUUUGAAGUAUGAUGUGAGAUAUUGGCGACUGGGCUGCGAAAGAGGAAAGGGAUACUGUACUACCAGGAUACCGUAUCACAACAGCCUUGGGGCGCUCUUGAGAGGUCUCGUCGUUGGCGCUACAAUGCUGUUUGGCGAACAGGCCCGUGAGGACCUGCUGCUGCCGCCCAGCCCCGAGGGAGCCGAGGACGUGCUGUUCCGGCGCGGGGCGCCGCUGUGGGGCGGGGGGUCCCUGGCGGAGGCGCUUCUGCCGCUGGUGGAGACCCCCCCGGCGCCGGCGGCCCCCCGGCCCUGCUACCUGCGCUACAAGACGGAGCUGUGCAGCCGCUACGCCGCGGCCGGCGCCUGCCGCUACGCCGAGCGCUGCCAGUUCGCCCACGGCCUGCGGGAGCUGCGCGUACCCGCCCGCCACCCCAAGUACAAGACGGAGCCGUGCCGGGCCUUCCACACGGCCGGCGUGUGCCCGUACGGCGCCCGCUGCCUGUUCGUGCACGCCCCCGAGGAGCUGCGCGUGCCCGGCGCUCGCCCCCGCGCCGCCACCGCGCCCUGCCGCACCUACCUGGCCUUCGGCGUGUGCCCGUACGGGGCCCGCUGCCACUUCCUGCAUGCGGACGGGAAGCCCCAGGGGCCCCCGGAGAAGGGCGCCGAGCGGGGGCGCCCCUCCCUGUGCCGGACCUUCCUGGCCUUCGGGUUCUGCCUGUACGGCACGGGGCGGCACUAG